AUGUACUAUGAGCAAAAACGUUUCUUACUCCUAGCUCAUUAUGAUGCGAUAUCAGUCAAAUGGAAUCCGGAGGAAGAAUUGAUCGUGAAGCAGGUGGUUGGGAUUUUGCAUUUACUUGUUUCUCUUGGGAUUGUUGCAUGGCAUAAGUUACUGAAAAAGGCUUUUGUGGCUGGUGUAUUGUUCCCCAGGCCCUGUUUUGGAUUGUUCUGCAUAUUCUCAGUUUUAUUGAUUUCUGUAUCUACCAUUCCGGCUGCGCACAAGCUUGGUUAACUUUUCGAGCCAGCGCUAUUGGUAAUACGGAGAUGGUUCUUGUUCUAUGUUCCUUCAUUGGUUUUGCGUUUCUCUGGAGGUUGGUUGGUUCACUUUUGUGUUUGACUGGGAUUCACGGGCAUUACUGUGAGGAAAAUAGUGAAGACAGAGAAUGGACGAUGCAGACCGAUUUUUUACCCUUCCUUUUCAUUAGAAGUCUGGGCCUGGAGUGGGAAUUUUCUUGUACAUUUUGUUGCUGAUAUGGUUUUCCCCAACUGCCUGGGACAUUUAUGCUCGAACUUGCUUCCUUUUCUAAUAGCUGCCACUGUGUUGGGUACCAUGUUGGUUAGGGGAUUUGAGCAUUGGCUUUUGGAUAUCUUAUCAUUUCUGGAUUUUAUCUGUUCUAUUCGUGUUGCUGAUCUGGAGUGUGAUGUUCUUGAUGGGAUUUUGGGGUCUGUUAUUCUUUUCUUUUGCCUUCUUUUUGAGAAGAAUGCAGCUGUUGAGAUUUUCACCUCUGUCAUUUUUUCAACAUUCUCAUUGUGGACUGCUCUUAUUGGAGUAUUGGUGUCGGGUUUAGAAGGCGCCUUGGAUUAG